AUGCCCAUCCAAAUCUUCUGCUCUCUAUCCUUCUCCUCUGGAGAGGAGGCCCCGGGGCCCUUGGGAGAUGGUUGGCGUCCCCGCCAGCAGCAGGAUCGGGAUAACUGGGGGUCUGAAGAGGAGGAAGACGAGGAGAAGGACAAAGAAGUGGCGAAGGAGGCAGCCAGCGAGGGGGCGCUGCCUGUGGACUUGGUGGCUUUUGCCAACAGCUGCACCCUCCACGGUGCCAGCCAUGUCUUCGUGGAGGGGGGUCCUGGGCUGAGGCAGGCCCUGUGGGCGGUGGCCUUUGUCCUGGCACUGGGUGCCUUCCUCAUCCAGGUAGGCGACCGCGUUGCUUAUUACCUCAGCUACCCGCACGUGACGCUGCUGGACGAGGUGGCCACCACGGAGCUAGCCUUCCCAGCGGUCACCCUGUGCAACACCAAUACCGUGCGGCUGUCUCAGCUCAGCUACCCCGACCUGCUCUACCUGGCUCCCAUGCUGGGGCUGGACGAAAGUGAUGACCCUGGGGUGCCCCUUGCCCCCCCAGGGCCGGAGGCCUUCUCAGGGGAGCCCUUUAACCUGCACCGAUUCUACAACCGCUCCUGCCACCGGCUGGAGGACAUGCUGCUCUAUUGUUCAUACUGCGGGGGGCCCUGUGGCCCUCACAACUUCUCGGUGGUCUUCACAAGGUAUGGAAAAUGCUACACAUUCAACUCAGGCCGAGAUGGGCGGCCACGACUGAAGACCAUGAAGGGUGGGACGGGCAACGGGCUGGAGAUCAUGCUGGACAUUCAGCAGGACGAGUACCUGCCCGUGUGGGGAGAGACUGAUGAGACAUCCUUCGAGGCAGGCAUCAAAGUGCAGAUCCACAGUCAGGAUGAGCCUCCUUUUAUCGAUCAGCUGGGCUUUGGCGUGGCUCCAGGCUUCCAGACCUUCGUGGCCUGUCAGGAGCAACGGCUCAUCUACCUGCCCCCGCCCUGGGGCACCUGCAAAGCUGUUACCAUGGACUUGGAUUUCUUCGACUCCUACAGCAUCACCGCCUGCCGCAUUGACUGUGAGACGCGCUACCUGGUGGAGAAUUGCAACUGUCGCAUGGUACACAUGCCAGGGGAUGCCCCAUACUGCACGCCAGAGCAGUACAAGGAGUGUGCAGACCCCGCGCUGGACUUCCUGGUGGAGAAGGACCAGGAGUACUGCGUGUGUGAAAUGCCCUGCAACCUGACCCGCUACGGCAAGGAGCUGUCCAUGGUCAAGAUCCCCAGCAAGGCCUCCGCCAAGUACCUGGCCAAGAAGUUCAACAAGUCUGAGCAGUACAUCGGGGAGAACAUUCUGGUGCUGGACAUUUUCUUUGAAGUCCUCAACUAUGAGACCAUCGAACAGAAGAAGGCCUAUGAGAUUGCAGGGCUCCUGGGUGACAUCGGGGGUCAGAUGGGGCUGUUCAUUGGCGCCAGCAUCCUGACAGUGCUGGAGCUUUUUGACUACGCCUACGAGGUCAUUAAGCACAAGCUGUGCCGGCGAGGGAAGUGCCAGAAGGAAGCCAAAAGGAGCAGUGCGGACAAGGGCGUGGCCCUCAGUCUAGAUGACGUCAAGAGACACAACCCGUGCGAGAGCCUCCGGGGCCAUCCGGCCGGGAUGACGUACGGGGCCAACAUCCUACCUCACCAUCCGGCCCGAGGCACGUUCGAAGACUUUACCUGCUGAGCCCCGCAGGCUGAUGAACCAAAGGCCUAGAUGGGGAGGACGAGGAGAGCAAGGGGGACCCCCCGCUGCCCCCAUCUGCCCUAGGGACUCACCCAACUCCCAGGGCAGCCUCCCGCUGCUAGGCUGUCCUUUUCUCUUGUCUGUGGUGAGAAAGGAGUCUUCUCCCGGCCUCAGUCCCAUUCUUUUUGUUUCUAACAAAACUCAUCUAAAAGAGACACUAAAAAGAGAUACGGGGCAAGGGACCUCAGGCCGCCCCCUCCGCCCCAUGCUGCCUCCCCCAGCUCCCUGCCUGAACCCUCUUCUCUCCUGUCUGAGUCUCACCGCCUACAUUGCUGCCUCCAGUCACCAAAGCCCCUCCCAGCGGGGGUCGAGGGGGGAUUUCCAGGGUUGGUCAUUUUGCCCCAAACCAGAGAAUGUACUUGAGGGGGAGGGCUAGUGGGGGGGCUUCCCCAGCCUUAAGAGACCCUCUCAGCCCAGUGACCACCCCCCCAACCCCAAGUGUUCCGGCAGGAACUAAGACCCCAUUCCCCUCACAACAUGUGGAGUCCUUAGGGGGGUUGGGUGGGGAGAUUGCCCCCCUACCCCAGAAGGAGAGAUGGGGACAGGGUGUGGCCCUGGUGCUGUAGGCCACAUCCUGAUACAUACAAGCGCACCCUCACCCCAGAACCAUAGCUGCUGGAGAGAAAUCCCAAGAGGCAGCCCCCCACCUCCACCCUUGACCUUCCCAGAACAGAUCCCGCUGGUUGGUUUCCAGCUCAGGGAGAGGGGCACUGGUGCCUAGCCUCACUGGUCACUCUCCCAGGGGCCCCAGCAGAGGGCCACAUCCAUAAAUUUUCUUAUGGAACUCCUCUGAGUCCUCUUCCCCAACUCCAUUUGCUUCUCAACAACCUCAUCUGCAUUUUCUAUUUCUAUAUGAUACAGACUCUAUAUUGCUAUAUCUCUGUAUAUACUUUCCCCCCAGCCUUGUCUGUCUCCACCCCCUCCCUUCUUGUCUCUGAGAACUACCCCCAACCCCCAAAGCCCCCUUCUGUGUCUCUUUGCC